AUGGAUCCGCCUCAUGACCUCUCUGGAGCUGAUCGAAAGGAUGACAUCGCGAGGCCGACCAAUCCAGACGGAACCCAAAGUUUCCAUCCUUUCUCAGAUGUAGGUCUCGAUACCAUUACGUCGCCCAAAGCGCGAAGACCAACAUCAGCAGCAAGUCGACGGUCGACACUCUCCAGUCCCACAAGCAACGCUUCUGGAUGGAGUGACCGAGGAGCCGACUAUGCGGAUCUAAAUCAUCAAGCUAAUUUGGACGCCCUUGCCUCUAGCGUACACAGCGUCGCCCGACAGGCUCAGUUAGGAGGAAAGACGAGUGCCGAGUCGCAAUAUACGCCAGCAACUACCGACAUUGAAAACAACGCGGUUCCCUUUGACGAGAGCGGGCUGACUCGAUAUUACGACCUAAAUAACAAACAGGAUAGAGAGGUGGGACACGCAAAGGACUACUAUGAGAAAAUCUUACUGGAGAACGAAAAGCUUCGCAUUAACAACACUGCACUUGAUAAAGGGAUCAGGGCGCUUGACGGACUUUGCGAAAAUCAACAAAAAGAGAUCGAGUUCUGCCAAGAGAAGCAGGUUGCAGCCGAGCGUCUUGCCGAAUGUCGCCGACACGAAGUUGUGGAGAUAGGAAGAUCAAAGGAAAAAGUCGAUAAAGAGCUGGCUGAAUCACAAGCACACAUUCGUGACCUGGAGAGAGAGAAUUCAAAGCUCCGGUUGCUGGAGGAUGAAAAGCAGAGGCGAGACAAAGCCGAGUGGCAGUUAGGGGAUCUCUAUGGUGAGCUCGAGCAAAAGAAAGCAGAGGUGAGCUCCCUAUUGUGCGAAGCGCAAGAGCUUCGUGAGUCCAAACAGCAGUCUGAAGAAGCGCAAAGAAAAAGCGAAGAAGAGCGCAAGAAGCUGUCCGAGCAAAUCAAGCGAUCGCUUGUAUGGAUACAGGAGGCACACAGACAACAAGCCCAGAGAGAUAUGGAACAAUUUCGCCUCCAUGACACAUACCUAUUCAAUCCUGACAGGCGACGACCUUCAACAACCAGCGAUUUUGGUCGAACAUCGUCCAAACAGCAGGAGACUCUUGGGGACUUUUGGUCCUCCCGGCCCCAGAGUGUGACCAGCCAGUCGCAGGUUUCCGAAAAGGCAUUCUGGAGAUCGCGGACUUUCCUCAAUGAGUCGCCAAGCUCCCCUGUUUUCCCCCGAGCUGCAAGUGGCUCCACGACUUUACAGUCCCCAUCCAUGGAGUCUGAGACCGUCGCAGAAAAACGGCCGCCAUCAAGUAAAAGGGUUUCAUUCCUAGAAAAUGAUUCACUUAUAUUCCGGCCAACACCAAGUUGGUCUGGUCGUCACCGGGUGGGUUCUUUACUUCGGCGGCAAUCUGAUCCUUCUUCUAGGAAAAGCAGACCCGCAAGGCCAUCAGCGUUGCGAAACUCAUUGGUUCCUGAUGGGCCUCAUCACCACGAACCUGCGCAGGCAAACAAUGGCCGACAAGUGGCCGUCCCCAUGGAGGAUGAAGCAAGAGCGGAAAAGGCUCUGCGACGCCGUGCGCUGUCCAUGCCGACUACACGGAAAGAGGAUGCAGAAUUCCGUGAGGCGUUGCGAAGAACGGCUCCGAUGUGCAUUAGAUGGGAUGCUUCCAGAAAUCGCGCCGUCUUCGAGUGCGAGCCCACUCAAACCGCCAUCGGGGUGAUUCAGGCCCCAGAGGAUGGACCCUCGGGCGCAAUCAUCAGCAGUUUCGAUGCAGGUUCUGGGAGACCGCUAGACCGAGAGAUGUUUGGAUGGACUGGCGGAUCUGGAUUUUUGAACUCUCUAGAAUUCGUUUGGUCUGGAUUUUCCAUAUCCGCGACUCUGGAGAAAUAUGGGAUCAUGAAAGGCACCGAACCUGGAGGAUCAAGAGCUGAACCCAUAAAUUCAAGCAAAUCACCGAUAGCGCAGUCUUCAUUUGCAGCCUCUAUCAGCAAAUCCUCAAUCUCUGAUGGGAGUCGAUGUCGUAUAACCCCAGACAAAGUGUCAACCGUCGCAAAGGCUUUCACAAUCACAAAAAGCAUUGCUCUUUUGGCUCUGACGCUGCUGGCAAUAUAUACAAGCAUUUCACCAUCCACAGCGCCAUCCUUCUUCCGUAAUAUGACGUCGGGCAUCCCAGCCUCACCUCAACCACUAUUCAUAUGUCAACCUUGUCCAGUUAUCUCCGAGGAUUCCGCCCACAAGGCUUACCAACCACGGACCGAAGUGGCGGCAAACAUGAAGACUGUGAAAAUGCCAGCCUGGCCUACCGAACCCUUGAUACUGGAGUCUACCGAGACGGAAACUGUAACUGAAUUGAUGCCGACUCAGAUUCACAUACACACGGAGACGGAAACUGAGACUCGAAUAGAAAUGAAGACAGAGACUGUGACUAUUUUUACGGACUCGCCAUCCCCUUUCCCUCCGACCCGAUCUUUCAGACGUCAGAUUCGAACAUCAAAUUCUGAACGAAGCAGCACCAUCCUCAGCGCCGCGGGACCGACCCCAGUUCCGCUCCCGUUCCCCAAACCAGCUUCUCGAGAGCUGGACGACGACAGAUAUUGGACUUGUUCCUGCCCAGACACAUCAAGCGACCUAUGUGGCAAGCCUUAUGCCACAUCGUCGUCUUCAUCACGACUUUCGCCUCUGCGAAGGAGCAUCGACGCUACAGCAUCCGAGACCGGCGAGCGCGCCAAACAAACUCGGCAGCGAAACUUGCAGCUGCAACGACUAUACACCGGUCCGACAUAUUGGGGCCUGUUGCCUGAAAUCCAGCAACAAUUGGAUAUCUGGCAGUACAGUGUUAUACAACUGUUGCUGGGGGGAACACGGGGUGUCGGAGCAUACUGA